GGCCCCGGGCGGUCGCUGGGGGCGGGCCGAGGCGGGAAGCGCUUCCGGGGCGGCGCGGCCUGGCCGAGAGCGGGCGGUGUGUGAAUCAGGACUGUCGGUAGCAGCUCGUGCCAAGAAAACCCCAGAAACCAGUCUUCCUGAGAGCACUAGAGGAGAAAGGUGUUUCCACAAUGGCUGCUGAGUUGGAUUUCUCUCCACCGGAGAUCCCCGAGCCCACAUUCAUGGAGAACGUGCUACGCUAUGGACUCUUCUUCGGAGCCAUUUUCCAGCUUAUCUGCGUGUUAGCCAUAAUCCUGCCAGUUUCCAAGUCCCAUAAGACAGACUCGGACAGUUUUGAGCCGAAGACGUCAGAGACAGUGAAGAAGCCAAAGGCAACUGCUCCGCAGAUAAGCAAGAAACCCAAGAAAGAAACAAAGAAGAAACGAUAAAGGCUUGACCAACGAACCUCAAAAGACAAAACAAUCACCUGUAAUCAUGCUUCCUCGGAGAUGACAUCAAAGGCAACUAACUAUAUGAAAUGGUUUUCUGGCAAUGCCAUGCUUCAGCUUUCAGGGACAAGGGAGAGGAACUUAUAAAAGUGGAAGGGAAGGGCUUCUGCCUUAGAUUUUUUUAUAUUUCUUUUUACAAGCAAAGAGGACUUCACAUAUCCAGGACUUCAUUUGACGUGAUUAAUUUAUCAGUCACCAUCAAAGUGACUUCUGUCAUUUUUGAUGGGUGGAGAGGCUUGUCCUAUCUACUCGAUGCUGGCCAGGAUUUGUAGAACAGUCCCCGUGGAAGGUGGAGCAUGGGUUUGCUACUUUGGAUACCGGUUUGUGUUGUAUUUUUUGAAGGCAGAAGGAUCAAAUGGAUCAAGGAUACCACACUACAUAGCUUUGCAUUCAUCUCUGUUGUCAUCUAGUCUGAAAUACAUAGCUGCAUUUUAUGGCUCAAUAAUAAUGGCUUUGUCAUAUUCUUUAAUUCUUUGGUAAUAACUCAUCAGAUGCCAGACUGCUGUAAGAUGAAAGCUUUCAUUUCCUCAGCGUCGCUACCUCUUUCUUAUUCCCCACCCCUGUACUCUUCCUUUCUAUUCCCUUUCUUGAAAGCAGGAGUCUUUCAGGGAAUUGAGAUGGUGGUGGAGACUGCAGUGACUACAGGAAUCACCGUUCUGGAAGGUGCUCAAUGCCCAGAGUAAUGGCAUGUCCUUGGACACUUGGGAAGACCAGAUGCUGCCUGCUGGAGAAAAGCUGCUCUGAGGUGGGGGACUUGAAGUGCUGCGUUUGUCAUGCAUCAACCAGCACUGCCUAGCCGUGCUGUUUAUAAACCUUCCUGUGAGCUAGCUCAGCCUUAACCAUGCGCUCCAUUUCAACACAGCUGGGGUUUGUUGAAUUUGCAAACACCCUCCCAGCCAUACCUGCUACACAGUAUGCUGCGUCUCCUCUUGUUGAUUUUUUUCCUGAAGUUAAAUGGGAUCUCAGCCUGAGGAGAUGCGGUGAGCUGGCUGUGUAGCAUGACUCUAUGGCAAGAGACACAUACGCUAUGUUCCUUCAGGCCCUGGCUCUCCAGGGCCAGGGACAAUCUAGUAUUAGAUUUAAAUAUGGCUAGACAGGACUGGAAAGAGAUAGGUGGUGACGUAGCCACGGAGUCUCUGUAGGGCAGUUCAAGCUUCCUGAUGCCAGCUCACAUCUUGGUUUGUUUGAUCACGAAUGAGUCAAUGGGAGGAGAACCUGCUGUUUUAGGCGCACCCAGGGUUCAGAGCGGCUUUGAAGGAAAGGGUUCUCUGGCGGGGCUGCAAGUCUGCGAUCCUUUUUGCAUACGUAGACUCCCAUCCUCCAUUCACAAAUGCCUUGUGAGCCUGGGUAUGGCAGCAGCGCUGUGCUCCAUGUGGUCUCUAACAGAAGCCUAGCAGCACGUCCGCAGAAGCCAUCGGUUCGCAAAAGGCUGUAUUUUCUGCUCCUUCCUGCUUUUGGUGGGUGAGCCAGGUGGAUCCCUGUGCCAGUUCGAUUCCAGCCCCUUACUGCUUCCCUGCUCCACGUUCUGUGCUUCUUUUAACCAGAAUGCUGAUACCAUUGCACUCCUUAAAACCCAGCUUAGAGUGCUGCUUGGAAUUCAGCCCUUUUUGUUUUUUUGAAUUACUUAAAGGCAAUACUAGGAGAACAGAACAAAGCAUGUGAGACACAAGCACUCUAAAGAUGCUUUGAGUUCUCAGUACAAAGAAACGUUACAAAAAUUUCCCACGCAAAUAACGAAGAACAAUAUUGUGCUAUGAGUUUCCAUUACGGGCUUGUGCUCCUGUCUGUGAUCUGCAGGGGAAAGAAGAGUGUUGCCCUUCCCUGGAUAGGUACUGUAAAUCACUUCCUUUUUAGUAAACGAGGACGGUGGUUGUUUUAUCUAACAACUCGGUCUUUCUGCAGGUUACCUAAAGGUGGGUUCUAUUGCUUUGUUCUCACAGAACUGUAAAUAUUGAAGGAGUAGUGCACACAUUACCCAAAAUACAGAAGUGCUUCCACAGCCGAGAACCAGUUAGGGAUGAGCCCCCGUGGUUACCCUGGAAUGGCAGGCUACUACAUCAACAUCUUUGUCUAGCUGUCUAGAGGCUUAAUUGCUCAUUGCUAAGUGGAAAUCAUGGACAUUGGGGGUUCAUUUUGUCAAGGGGAAGUGGGAUUGUGUUGUAUUUCCACUCUGUUUCUAACAGCUUGAUACCUAUGUCAAUGUAUUUGUUAACUGAACUUACACUGUGUCUUUAGAAAUUACCAGUGUCCCGUGUAUUUUGGUUUUUGUUGAAAUGUGUAAUAAAUACAACCUGAGUAUCUUUGUUUACAAAAAACCUUUUUCAAAUUU